UCUAUAACCCUGUAGUCACUGUCAGGGAGAGAGUCGUCACCCAUGAGCCCUCAGUUUCACAUUUAGCCGCUCAGAUAUGUGUAAUUUUCAUGACGAAUACAGGAAUUCUUGUCGCCAUUUUCUCAGCAGCUGCCACUCUCAGUUAUCACUUAAUCAGCAGCAAGGUUGUUCCACUCAUACACCAGAUGGCUUAUUUCACUUGAUAUUGAAUUGAAAUUGCACGCUGGGAGCACUCAAAUAUUGGUGGUUAUGGAGCUGAAAGUUACUGUUUGUGGUUCCUUUUUAUAUCAAUGUUUUUGUUAUUUAUUUUUCUAUAUCAAACAUAAUCAUUUAUCACUAAUGCAGGUGAAUUAGAUCUUAUAAGCUUUGCACAAUGGUGCAGGGUGGUACUCAUUUUAUUGCAUGUUUAGAUGAGAAGUUUAUUUAUUUCACACGCCUUGCAUUCUCUGCUGGCAUUGGAGCAGUGCUUGUUGGUUAUUUUACAGGAGUUUUGACUAUUUCCUCCUUGUAUUUUCCAAAUGGUUUCCAAUAUGUUCCGCAUGCAAACCUUGUUAUCAUGGCUAUAGUAGGGGCAAUGUUUGGUGCGGCGUUUGGUUGUUGGACUAAUGACUCUUUAGGUAAAAAACGUUCAGUUUUGAUGGCUGAUGUUGUGACGUUCCUUGCUACAAUGCUCGUGGCUUUUUCUUCAGUGCCUUCCCUUGUAGUUGAUGGAACUAUGAUUGUGGGAUUUGGAGUUGGAAUGGUUUCUAUGACUUCGUCUCUAUACAUAUUAGAGGCUUCUCCUCCCAGACUCCGAAGUUCCUUCGACUGCUUUAGCAGUUUGCUUAUUGUAGUAGGGCAAGCUCUGUCCUACCGUGUCAAUCUAUUUUUUACCGAGGAACCAAGAACCUGGAGUUGCAUGAUUGGAGUAGUAUGGAUUCCGGCUCUAGUUCAGUUUAUGCUGAUUUGGUUCCUUCCUGAGUCCCCGAAGUGGUUCUACAGAGAGGUUAUUGCUGUUCUAGUUUCCUGCUUCUUAUAUUCCAUUUUCUACAGAUGAAGCUUUUUAUUUACAAUAGAUUUUAAAUUACUGGCAUAACAUGUAGCUACACCCAACUGUCACUUUUUUCCUUGAAGCUAAUUGUGUCUACUCUAGUUUAGAAACUUCUAAUUUUACUUCAUAGAGAAAAUAUUGUCUAUAUCCUUUGAAGUAAUGCCAAAUUCAAUUUUCUGUAUCUGUUUUAA